AUGUCAGUCAAAGUACGGAAUAACACUGAAAUAAACGAGGAGCAGAUAUCUCGAGAUGAGGCAUUAAAGUUAUAUUCAAAUACGCUAAAUUUUAACGUAAUUAGUCGAUACGACCCGGCUAUCAAGCAAUUAAUAUGUUCUACCUCGCAUUGUGUGGUUUAUAGAUUCAACGAAGAAACCGAAGAAUGGAAUAAAACUGACUAUCAAGGGUCAUUAGCAUUAUAUGCCAGAAGUCUAGGAUCAUUUUCACAAACAAUUUCAAUCACUGAUUAUCAAGAAUUAUUCACUUACGGUCUAAUUUUGUUGAAUAGAAAUAAUCCAGAUUGCUUUUCGAUAGGUUUGAUUCCUACAAAAGUUAGUAAACAGUAUCUACCUAAUGGUAUUGACGAUUCCGAAAUACUGGAGAUGGAUGUUGAACUAAAUGAUAAUUUGAUAAUUGUUAGAAAUUUAAUGGGAGAAAUUUUUGGAUUAUGGGUUUUUAACGAAGAAGACAGACAGACAUUAUACAAGUCUAUAGAGUUUUGUCUAAAUAAUAAUGACGAUUAA